AAUGAUUACGGAGUGUGUUGUCCGCUAGCGUGAAGUGUGAGAUAAGGCAAAGAGCUUAUCAAUAGUCUGAAAUUGCUGUUGCAGUUUUUUUUUUUAACCCGGGUUUCCUUUUAACUAUGGCAUGGCAAAUUAUUCAUGUUUGUACGCUGAUGUUAUUAUUUCGUAUUCUUAUUUAAAACUGUUGUAUUUAUAAUUACACAUCUAGUUUUGUAAAUACUUAAUUUGACUUGUGUUUAGAUUUUUUAUUUUUUAUUUUUAUUUUUUCGGAGACCGGCGUCUGGCAGUCAAGUGGGACAGCGUGUUUAAGUUCGGCCGGGGUUCGAGGUUAUUGGUGUGCAUUGCGCCGCGGGAGAAUAUUCGCAAGGAAAUUGCGUUCUUACAAAGAGUGUCAUCCGGUGAGCGCAAUGGGCAGCCCCGGCAUGACAGAAGUGCUGGCGGCCACGCUGCUGUUCCUGGUGUUCCUGUACCAAGUCAGUCACGUGUUCCGCUACUACGCCAAGUUCCUCGUCUUCACCCUGCUGUCCCUCGUCAGCGCCACGGUCUUCAUCCCCCUCAUGCUGAUUCGUCCCAGGGACUACAGGAACGCCCUGUACCCUGCGUGGGGUGCAAGACAGAUUUCCAAACUGCUGGGAAUACGUUUUGAGAUGAAAGGACUGGAAAACGCAGUCCAGGACACGGGCUGCGUGGUUGUCAUCAAUCAUCAGAGUGCCCUGGACUUACUAGUGUUGGGAGAAAUUUGGCCAAAGCUGCAGAGGUGCACUGUCAUUUCGAAGAAAGAAGUGCUGUACCUUGGCCCAUUUGGAUUGGCCACCUGGCUGUGGGGCACAAUUUUCAUUGACCGGCUCAAUGUGGAGCGAGCCCAGUCCACCAUUAAUAGCACAGCAGAUAUUGUGCGUAACAACAGGGCAAAACUGUGCAUGUUUCCUGAAGGUACUAGAAAUAAUGGAGCAACUUUAUUGCCUUUCAAGAAAGGUGCAUUUCAUGUUGCCAUCUCUUCCCAGACUCCAGUGCAACCUGUUGUGGUUUCCAGGUACUACUUCCUUGACGACAAGAAGAAAAUAUUUGAUUCUGGUUCUGUGAUAAUAACCAUCUUGCCUCCAAUACCUACGGUUGGCAGGACGAAGGAUGACGUGAAUGCUUUGGUGGCAGAGACGAGAGAUGCUAUGAUUGAGGUACACACCAAAACAUCGGAAGAAGUUAUCGGCUUGUUGAAGACUGAAAAGAUUAGUUAAAUAGUAUUUGUAACUGUUAGUGAAACACUAAUUUUUAUGCCUUGCAUCAUUCCAGAUAAAAUCAUUCCUCUGGUCAAAAGCAUUUUAGAAUUCUGUGUGCUACAUUUAUAAAAAAGAUAAAAGAUUUUGUACAUAUGUACUUAAAAAAAUUAUUGAAAGAGCUUCAUAACAAAUUUAUGUUCUGUAAUUUGUUAAACAUUGGUAAUUUAAAUGAUAAAAGACUAGUUUUCAGGAAUAAGAUUUCCUCACAGCUGACUAAAUAUAUUUUUCAUGCAUUUAAGAAAGAAAUAGUAUAGGUACAAAUUUUUUUUUUGUGUUAAUUAUUGCCUUUGAAUAUGACUGUUAAUGCUUUCCAGAAUAGAUUUCAAUAUCGCUUUUGUAACAUUAAUUUAGAUUACAAGCAUGUUAAUGUUAAUCAGUUAUACAGUGAUUUUUAAUCUGUAUAGUGCAGCUGUACAUGUCAGAAGUUAAUGCACAUUGUUUUACAUUUAAUGUGUAUCACAUUAAGUAUAGUUUCAAGAUCUGCACAACAUGUUAAAAGAGUUUUUGAGUAUAGUACAUGUAUGUAUUAAUUGUAUGUGUAAUUUUCUUUGGAAGACAUAGCAGCGCAAUAUUUGUGACUAACCAUUAUACAAUUCAUACACAGAGGCAAACUAGCAGUCUGGCUGGCCCUAUAUCUAGAUGCUCUAGUCUUGGGCAUAGUCACUAUGUAAGGCAAGUCCGCCACUGUUUAUACGAUAAAAUAUUGUGUUUGUGGUUCAGCAGUGAAACAUCAUGCAGGUAGUUACUGUCUAGGUGCUGCUUAAAAUAAUUAAUACUUUGAUGAACUUGUGUUAAUUAUCUAUGUUAAUCCAUCUUAUGUAAGAUGAGAAUUACAGAACCCAGGAAAGGUUUUGUGUAUAUCUCGCUAAACAAUCAUGAAAACUUCAUAACAUAAAAAUUAGGGUUGUGCGAAUAUUCGCUAGUGAAAUAGAUAUUAAAAUAUUCAGAAUAUGCAAUAUUUGAUUCUGUGAAGAAAUGGUUGUGAUGAAGGUCAAUUAAAUCAAAUUUUUUUAGUUAAAUGAAUAUUACAACACCCAAGAAAAGUUUGAUUUACAUGAAACUAGUUACUGUGCUGGUUAGGAGUUCCAUUAUUGUAAUUUAAAAAAAAAACUGAAUAUUUAAACAAUUUUUAUUUUUAAUUGUUAAGCAUCAUUUCCAUUCAUUUCUAUACAAUAUCCGACAUAAGAUGCCUUAAAAUAUAAAAUAAUAAAGUGAUGGAGGGCCUUGAAUGUGAGCAGUCCCUUAAUAGAUAUAGGAUUUAAAAUAUUUUUGUACAAAUGUUAGGGUUUUAGCAUAUGCCACAAAUAAUUUUCUUUUAAGACAUUUUCUAUGGACGACUUAGCAGCAUGUAAAAUUAUACAUCAACUUAUAUGUACAUAUAUUGUGGUUUAGCAAUGAAAAAUCAUGUGGUUGGUUCAUGAUCAUGUUAAAGUUUGUAUUCAUACUGUAAAAGCUCCUAAUCUGGCACAUUCAGGACAAUGGCCAAGCCAAGCAGGAUAAGAGAUUUUGCUCGUUUAUAAAACGUCAAUGAGGCAUUUUUGAAAAACUGAAAAUUCUCACUUCACUAAUAUGAAAAAUAUUGCAUAUAUUUAAAGUAAUGGUACAUGUUAAGGUAAGUGUCCCAAAAACCUUUCUUCUGAAAUGUGUCUGGAUAACAUGUACCAUUAGCUCAAGGGGUAUAAAAAAAAUAGGGGUUGAAAAAGCGAACAAAUUCAUGAUUCAUUAAGAAUGAUGAGAAUGUGUGCCUAUACCAUGAUGUGAACCAAGGUACUGAAACUGGUCAGCAGGAUAGGGUGUAGACUAUAUCAUUAAUGUGUACCUAACAGUAAAUAACAACGGAACAAUCAUUUUGGACACAACUGGAAGAAUUGAUAUCGGACUAGGUUUUAGGGACGGAUAUAACUUGAGAUAAUUUCCACAAAGAGAGGAACUGUGAAUUUGUUGAAGAGAAAUUGAAAAUACUACAGAGGGGGUUGAGUAAACAGGAAAUCAGUAAUUUAUCUACUAGACUAGGCAAAUAUCUACACCUACUAUGCGAUUAACUGCUUUAGGGAUAUAACAUUACAUGUCUGAAAGAAAACAUAAAUUCAGAAUGCAUAGAUUUUCUAUUGAUAUCUGAUACUGUAUUCAGCUUUGUAUUAGCAUUGAAAGGAGUUAUAUUAUUCAAGAAUUGCAACCAUGUGGAAAAUAAACUUUUUUGCAUACAAUAAUUGGGUUUGCCUCCAAAAUUUAUAAAAGAAGCUUUUUAUCACUUAGUUAAGGAGAUAAUGAGCAUCAGUAUAAUGUUCAGCCAGGGUUUACUGCAUGAGCUUAGUGGCAUGCGAGAAAUAUCUGGUGAAAUUAAAACCUACAAGCCAAGCAUUGGUGAAGUUGGUCCUAAAUAGGUAAAUUAUUUUAAUGCCUACCUUCAUCAGGCCUUUGUCAAGCUUAUGGCUAUAUCAUUCUUAUUGAUAAUACUUAACAAAUACUACAAAAUUCUGGAAGCAAUGAACAGAAAACAUUCAAAACAUUUUGGAUGCGUGGAAUAUGCGUAAGUGUUGGAUUGUUAAUUUUUGGAAUAUUCAAAAAAAUGUUAAAUGCAUUGUAAAUAAAGUUUCUAGUUUGUUCCAGGGUGCAUUUUCAGUAUUUUUAGUUUCCGGAAUUUGCUGCAUGGGUAUAUAAAGCUAAAUCUGUAUGGAUCUGUCUUCAGUAAAGAAAACUACCUACGCAUAUGGACAGAGCUGUUUCAUGUUACAAUAAGAUAAUUUUUUACGAUUCUGAAAAAUUUCUUAUUUAGAGUUUAACCUUUACUAAGAAUUUUGUAUUUAAUUUCAAUUUUCACUGAAGUUCUCGUUGCAUUGUUUAUUUUCAUUUCAUUUAAGAGUAGCAGUGUGCGCACAACCCUAAUUUAAAAUCAAUUUAAUAUUUAAUUAGAAGAACUAUCAUAUCACAAAGAAAUAACAUGUUCCUAAUAUUGCAUUAGUAAUGUAAUUGUGUGUAAGCAGGGGGAAAAAAAGUGAUAAUGUUACAGUAAAAGACAAAUAUUUUUAAUAUUGCAUAGGCCAGUAGACCUGAAUAUGUUUGGCUAAAAUAUUUUACAAUACUGUGUACUGGUAAACUAUUCAAAUAAGUAUUCAGAUGUAAAGGUAAGUAUAUCAUAAUGUACUUAUGCAUACUUUUAAGUGUUAAAUAAUUCUAAGCACAUACACAUUUAAGUGAAUUUCCCUCCUGCUGUGUAUGUGCAAACUAUUUUCAGCAUGAAAACUGUACAGUUUCUUGUUGCAUUAUUGUUGAUUUUUGAGUAUAUUUUUGUACAUUUGUAGUUGUUUAUUGAUAUUCCAAAUGUUUGAAAAUGUUAAAUUAUUUACAAGUAUAAAUUUUAAUUUAUAAAUAGCUUUAUGAAAUAAAAAGCCUAAAAAGCAAACUAUAAAAAA